AUGAUUUUAAUACCACGGGAGGCGGAUAUUCCUUUCAACCUCACACAAACGGCUUCGACUUCUAAUUAUAUCAAUGGAUCAUUCUCAUCGUCAACGGCAACUGACAAUGUGGUGGAGAAUAUUGGAUCGCUAUUGACAAUACCGACAAUUACAUUGAUAACUAUUACUUCUGUGGUCGUUUCUUCGCGGAUGUAUAGUCGGGCGGUUCUAUUAGGAUUUGUUGGCGCAGAUGAUUACUCAAUUUUGGCUGCAACUGCAGCGGCUGUAGGAUUAACAGUUACCGUUUGUUUGAGCGUGAAUUAUGGUGUCGGAAAACAUGCAUGGGAUGUUCCUAUCCUGAACUUCAUCGAUAUCACCAAGCUGGCCUACAUAUCCCAGAUAUUGUACUUAAUCAGCCUAGGAUUUACCAAGGCUUCUCUCAACCUUCUCCUCCUGCGACUAUCUCCUACGGACAGAAUCAUCAAACUCACAUGGACAAUCUUCGCAAUCACUACUGCAGCAACCAUAUCCAUGCUGAUGGCCUCUAUAUUCCAAUGCACACCAAUUCACUACGGAUGGGAAAGGAUGAACCCGAUGUCGACUGUGAAGGGGACAUGUGUAGGAUACGCUCUACUGCAGUACUCUAUACAGGGAAUCAAUAUUGUGACGGACUUGGUGUUGUGGUUGCUGCCUUUGAGGUUAAUUAUGCAGGCGCAAUUACCAAAGCGUCAGAAAUGGGGCUUGUAUAUCGUUUUUAUGUUAGGUUGCUUGGCCCCGGUGGCAUCUAUUGCGAGGCUUAUCAUGCUUGUUCAAAUGCUGGUGUUAAAACCCAUUCUGGUUGAUCCAUCAUGGAAGAGUGGUGUCAACAUAAGCGUUUGGUCCAUCGUUGAAGUCAACAUAGCCAUAAUCUGCAGUUCCAUACCCACCAUCCGUCCCCUUCUUAAAAAGCUCGUUCCCACCUUAUUGGGUACUAUCGAGAAUAUUCGUAAUAGUAAAAAGGACCGCGCUAGUGGAUAUCAGAAUUGGGCUACUCAGACAAAGGGAGAUUCAAUUCCUUUAGGGUCGGUUGAGAGAGUUGAUAAGACGUCAGAGGGGAUAGGAAAUGUUGGGGUGGUGACAGUGACAAGGACAGAGGUGGGGACUAGUUUUUACGAUAAUCACAGUGUAGACUUCCCAGUGCCGGGGUCAAGUCAUGGUGGUGGGGGCAAAAAAGAAGCUUCAUGA